CCCGGCUGGGCCGGCGAGUACUGCACCGAGCCCAUCUGUCUGGCUGGAUGUACCGAACAGAAUGGAUAUUGCAACAAGCCUGGAGAGUGCAUCUGCCGUCCCGGUUGGCAAGGCCGCUACUGUGAUGAAUGCAUUCCCCACAUAGGCUGCCGCCACGGGACUUGUAAAACACAGUGGCAGUGCAUAUGUGAUGAAGGAUGGGGUGGCCUCUUCUGUGAUCAAGAUCUGAACUACUGCACUCACCACAGGCCAUGCAAAAAUGGAGCAACUUGCAUGAACACCGGCCAGGGCAGCUACACGUGUGCGUGCAAACCCGGCUUCACCGGCAUCGACUGCGAACACGAGAUCAGCGAGUGUGACAGCAAUCCCUGUAGGAACGGCGGUAGCUGCACGGAUAUGGAGAACGGUUAUCACUGCCUGUGCCCCCCUGGCUACUAUGGCACUCACUGUGAGCACAGCGCUCUGACGUGUAUAGAUUCUCCUUGCUUCAACGGUGGCACGUGCUUGGAAAAGGAACAAGGGGCCAGCUAUGCUUGCGUUUGCCCUUUCGGCUUCACAGGGUCAAACUGUGAAAAAAAAGUAGACAGGUGCACGAGCAACCCGUGUGCAAAUGAUGGUAGUUGCUUUUACCUCGGGCAGAUUCGUGUGUGCCGCUGUCGGGCUGGUUUCUCUGGUCAGAAAUGUGAGAUAAACAUCAAUGAUUGUGCCAGAAACCCAUGUUCCAAUGGGGGAACUUGUCAUGAUCUAAUCAACGAUUACACCUGCACAUGCAUGCCAGGCUACAGUGGCAGGAACUGUGACAUCAAAACCAGAGAUGAAUGUGCUUCUGGGCCGUGUGAGAAUGGAGGCACAUGCUACAGUGGACUUUAUAGUGCCAACUUUGUUUGCUACUGUCCUUCUGGCUUCAUGGGCAACCGCUGUGAAUUGCCAGUUUAUUCAGUGCCCGUCACACUUCCUCCUAAACCAGUCCCCUGGAUUGCUAUAUCCAUGGGGGUGGGGCUGGUGGCUUUGCUCAUACUGUUCUGCAUGAUAGCAAUGGUCAUCAGGCAGAUGAGGAUGCACCCAGAGCAGGAGCUGGAGACAAUGAACAACCUGUCUGACUUCCAGAAGGACAAUCUCAUUCCAGCUUCCCAGUUGAAAAACACCAAUAAAAAUAAAGACCUGGAAGUGGACUGUGGGCUGGAGAAAUCAAACUACAAACCCAAGAACCAUAAACUGGACUACAAUCUGGUAAAAGACCUGACGAGUAGAGGGACACCAGAAGAUAAAUAUUACAAAAGUGAAAAGUGUUUAGGAGAGAAGUCUCCCCUCCGACUACACAGUGAAAAGCCAGAAUGCAGAAUAUCAGCGAUAUGCUCUCCGAGGGAUUCAAUGUACCAGUCCGUCUUCGUGAUAACAGAAGAAAGGAAUGAGUGCAUCAUAGCCACAGAGGUAAGUAGGUACAGAGGUGGACAGGCAUAAAUUCACAAAGUGAAA